AUGUUGACGAAAUUACUAGUAUUGCUAUCAAUCGUAUGGAUCGGUGUAGUCUCAGGCAACGGUGUGUCUAACCAGAAGUCGGUGUCCAUCGGAUUGUCGUCCAAUUGGUUGGAAAGCCCUCUCUAUGUAGAGUUCGCCGAACUCUUGGCUCAAGAGAACGAAGAACUCAUUUGGCUGUACAUCGAUUUGAUUCACCACUCAUUGCAGUCUCAGUCCAUCACAUCCCUGUCCGCGCGAUCCCAGUAUGAGCUCAUUCUGCGGCUGUCGGACCAGUUGCUGGCCUCCCGGUCCAUGUCUUCUGUGGUCAAGUUCUCGCUCUCAUUGCGAACCCAUUCGCCAACUGUUGUCAUGUUUAACCAAAUGUCUAAUCAAUUGGUUUUACAACAAACCUCUCUUCAAGAGUGCGAGUCUUUCGUCGAGUUGAGUCAACCCAUGGACACGAGUGUAUCGGUUGAUGGCUUUUCUCCAUUCAGUUGUCAUCUAAUCAAUACUAAGACAUCACUGGAAGCGCUGAGCAAUGCUUUGAAGAAUGACUUGUCUUUAAGUCAUCCAAACAUUUACAAAAGUGAUCACAUGUUCCCCAAUCGGAGGUCCACUGAGCCACAGAUAACGGCUAUUCUUUACGGCCAAAUCGGAACGAAUACAUUCCAAGAACUGCACCAUUAUUUGAAACAAUCGGCUGAAAAGGGUUUAAUUAAGUAUUAUAUCAGACAUUACCUGAGGUAUGAAAGUGAUCGCAAAACCAGUCUCUCUGGUUAUGGCGUAGAGCUGGCCAUCAAGAGUACAGAAUAUAAGGCACAGGACGACACUCGAGUCAAAGGUGAGGCCACUUCUGACGGCAAUCUUAAGGAAGAGGAGAACCAAAGGCCCGACGAGUUGGAGGGCUUUGUCUUCUCUAAACUGAAGCAAUCCUUUAGUGAGAAAAGCGAUAAAUUGGAUGAAUUCCAGACACAUUUGAUGGAUAGGGGCAAAGAGAUCGCCACUUUGAAAGUAUGGGAAUUACAGGAAAUCAGUUUACAAGCCGCCAAAAAGGUGUUGACUUCCGAUAAGAAUAAUACUUUAAAAGUUUUGCGAGAAAUCGCACAAAACUUUCCAACAGAAGCUCGAAAUCUGAUCCGAAUAAAAGUGGACAACGACUUGAAAAAAGAGAUCGAAAAAAACCAACAAAUGUUUUCACAAACACUCAAUUUAGGGACCAGUGAUGUGGCGCUCUUUGUUAACGGCCUCUACUAUGACGUCGACACCAUCGAUGUCUUCACACUUCUCGAUGUGAUCAGAAAAGAGUUUAAACUAACAGAAGGUUUGCAUCGAUUGGUUGGCGAUGAAGACCAAAGACUUAAGAAAUUGAUUAAAUUGGAUAUAAAUAGCGAUAAACAAGACUUUCAGAUCGAUAUAAGGGACGGAGCGGUGCUAUACGUGAAUGAUGUGGAAAACGACAAAAUCUACCGAAACUGGCCGUCGAGUCUUCAGGAUAUGCUUCGGCCCACAUAUCCAGGAAUGUUGAGGAAUGUCCGCAAAAACAUAUUUCAUUUGGUUCUGGUGUUGGAUCCGAGUAAGAAGGAGGCGCACGACAUCCUAAAGUUAGCCGAGUCCUUCUAUGUACACAAAGCGCCCGUCCGUAUAGGCAUUGUGUUCGCUGUCUCUCCCGACACGUCAGUUGACGGCCGUCAGGACGCAGGCCUCGCAUGUCUGGAAGCGUUCAACUUUAUCAGUCAAGACAAGACUCCAUACGAAGGCCUCUCCUUCUUGACUGAUGUGAUUGCAACGGUUGGCGCCGAUAAAGGCGUUCAAAGAGAUCUCACGCCCGAAGAUGUGAUCAAUCAAUUCAAAGCUAAAUACAAGAACGAAGAUUUAGACCUAAUAUUUGGUUCGGAUUCUGAUUACGACACGGGCCGGAAGCUGGCCUGGGACUUCAUACAUAGGACUGGCAUUGGGGCCCCUAUUAAAGCACUCCUCAAUGGUGUCGUCUUGAAAGAGACUCAUCUGAAUGCAGAACUGUUUGAAGAAGUGGUGUUGACAGAGAUUAUGAAACAAACGAAUGCCAUUCAAAAAGCCAUUUAUAGGGCAGAGUUGAGUGAUUCCGAUGAUGUCCUCGAAUGGCUCAUGACUCAGAAGAGUGUAAUGCCUCGACUCAACCGUUUGAUACUCAAUAUAGACGACACUCCUAAUGUUAACAAAUAUAUUGAUUUUAGUGGUAAAGCUCUGGAAGCUGAUAAAGUAGACAAUUAUGAGAGUUUGAGUUUAAAGGACUUACAAAACACUAUCGCUUCGUCUCUCAAUUAUAUCACUUCUAAUUCAGACAAAUGUAAUUCAGUGACCGUUUGGUUGGCAUCUAAUUAUCAAAGCAAACGCAGCAGAGAUAUGUUGCUGUCAGCCGUUUCACACUUAAGAGCCAACAGUCUUUCCAUGAGAUUAUCGGUUAUUCACAAUACUUUUGGUUCAGUUUCUAAAGUCAUCGAAUCAGCCAUUCUGUCGAUCUCUCGUUCCAACCAUUUGUUACAAUUUCUCAACAAAUUUCUCAUUUCUUUGCAAUCAUAUGAUGUGUUGACGGAUGAUUCAAAAGUCUAUGAAAAUGCUGUUCAAGUGAUGAAUGAGGACUACAUCGCGAUAUUUAAAGAAAAAUACAGCCAUUUGUCAGAAGAAAGUAAAACAUUUAAAGCUCACAAAUGCUUUAGUCUUAGAUCUCUUGGAAUUGGAGAAAAAGAUUCGGCGAUUGUUAUCAACGGAAAAGUAAUCAAAAUCCCAGAAAACGAGCCCUUCGUUGAGGACGACUUUAGUCUAAUAGAGAAAUUCGCGACAAAUAGUUUUGCCGAUAAAAUACUCUCGGAAUUGAGUGAAGAAGAAAGGGCUGAUCCGAGCAAAUGCAGUGAAUUGGUGUUUAGGAUCAGUUCCAUUCUAUUGUCUUUCCCUCAAUCAAAAGCCAGACAUGAAGUCAGAUAUUCUGAUGAUAAACACAGUGUCGUUAACUUAGAGCCCAUUAGACCCGAUGAGCCAUCCAUCCAAUUGGUUGCUAUUAUGGAUCCGCUAACGAGAGGUGCACAGAAAUUGACCCCAAUUUUAGAGACAUUGUACCAAAUAUUCAAUUCAAAAGUACAAAUCUUUUUCAAUUGUGUGGACAAACACUCGGAAAUGCCUCUCAAAAGCUUUUAUAGAUUUGUGAUCGAAAGCGAACCAAAAUUUUCAGAUAACGACGAAUUAGUGCAGAAUAGGGCCUACUUUUCAUCAGUUCCCACGUCUCCACUGCUCACUCUAGGAAUGGCUGUUCCCGACAACUGGUUGGUUGAGUCCACGCAAUCACUCUACGACUUAGACAACAUUCAUUUAGAUCGGGUCGACGGCACCGGUAUUACUGCUGAAUUCGAAUUGGAGUAUUUGCUUCUGGAGGGCCAUUGCUUCGAGCAGUCCUCGGGAAACCCUCCGCGAGGACUUCAGUUCACUUUAGGCACUAAUAGUACUCCUGUUGUGGUCGACACCAUAGUUAUGGCAAACUUAGGCUAUUUUCAAUUGAAGGCAAACCCCGGCCUUUGGAACCUUAACCUAAGACAAGGGAGAAGUGCUGACAUUUACAGUAUUGUGAGCCACGAGGGGACCGACUCGAGUCCCAGCUCUUCACAAGCAGUGGCACUCAUAUCGAGCUUUAAGAGCAAUGUUAUCAAAAUUCGUGUCAACAAAAAGCCGGGAAAACAAAACGAAGAACUGCUUUAUGACGCGGACGACGACGACUUGGAUGACAUGAACAGUAUUUGGAACUCUUUUACGUGGUCUUCGAGUCCGACCAAAAAGAAGGACAACAAGAAUGUGACCGCAGAUGAAGAGUCGGAUCGGAUUAAUGUGUUUUCUUUAGCGACGGGUCAUCUCUACGAACGAUUGAUGCGAAUCAUGAUUUUGAGUGUUUUGAAGAACACGAAAACUCCGGUCAAGUUCUGGUUCCUUAAGAACUAUUUGUCGCCUUCUUUUAAGAAUGUGUUGCCAUUUAUGGCCAAAAAGUAUAACUUCGAGUACUCUCUGGUGCAGUACAAGUGGCCGCGUUGGCUGCACCAGCAGACAGACAAACAGCGCAUCAUUUGGGGCUAUAAAAUACUGUUCCUCGACGUCCUCUUCCCUCUCGACGUCAAGAAAAUUAUAUUCGUUGACGCGGACCAAGUGGUGAGGGCUGACCUCAAAGAGCUUAGGGAUCUUGACUUAGAGGGAGCGCCUUAUGGCUACACUCCCUUCUGUGACAGUCGUAAGGAUAUGGAAGGCUUUCGGUUCUGGAAAAGUGGUUAUUGGGCGACACAUCUGCACGGGAGGAGGUAUCACAUCAGCGCUCUCUAUGUGGUCGACCUCCAGAAGUUCAGACGAAUUGCUGCCGGAGACAGACUUAGAGGUCAAUACCAGGGUCUCAGCCAAGACCCCAACAGUCUAUCAAAUUUAGAUCAGGAUUUACCCAAUAAUAUGAUUCAUCAGGUAAGCAUCAAAUCAUUACCUCAGGAGUGGUUGUGGUGCGAGACGUGGUGUGACGACCAGUCGAAAGGAACGGCCAAAACCAUAGACCUCUGCAAUAACCCGAAGACUAAAGAGCCGAAACUGACGGCCGCCAGACGUAUAGUGUCCGAGUGGGAGGACUACGACAAUGAGAUCAAACAUAUGAUCCAAGAGUUGAAUGAAAUGCCAGCUAAUGAUAAGAAGCAACCAUCAGCUCAAACACAUCCCUCUCAGCCCCACUCCAGUCAACACACAUCACACAAUGAAUUAUAACAUUACCCCUUAGGCUAUGUAUUAUUCAUUUAUUAUAUGUUUUGAUAUUUUAAUAAAUUUCUAAUUUAUUCUUAAAUUGUUAAUCAUUUGAAAAUAAAGUGCAUUUAUUUUUGAGUUCCAA